AUGCAAGCCGAUUUGGAAGCAAUGACUCAAAGGAUGGAAGAGUCUGAUGCAGAGGAGUAUGUCUACUCUGAGGAGGAGUCUGAGAGCGAGAGAUUGAGGGAGGAAAGGAGAACCAAGAAGAGGAAUGACCCCAUUAGUAGUGAGAGUGAGCAAGGAGAGUUUGAGAUUGGGGUGAACCUUGUUCAAGAGGAGGGUGAUGGCUCUCCAAGUGAAGAAGGAAGUGAUGAGUCUGAGAGUGAAGAGGAAGGAGAGGAGGUGAAUCAAUUGGUUGAUGAGAGUGCAAGAGAGUAA